CAAUGUCAAAUAGCUUCCAAAAAAAAAUAUCACUCAACACGUUUUAAAACUCUAGGUUGAGGUUAUGUGGAGUAGUAUAUUUAUUUUUUUGUACUUUUGUGAUUAAGUUGGAAUCUGCUCAUUUACUAAAAUGACUGAUUUUGUUUUGAAUGAUAGUGACACUGAAACGGACUCUGAUGAGGAGCUACAAGAAGCGUUUGCCAAAGGUCUAUUGAAACCAGGUUUGAAUGAAGAAAUCGAGAGAGUAGAAAAGACAUACGUUAAUAAUGUUGCGGAUUUAAAAGCAAAGUUGAAAGAGUUCAAAUUGAAGUUGCCAUGGGUAGAGACAUUGGAUUUGGUGACAAGUGUAGCACCUAUGGCUCCAGAUGUGGCCUUGCAAAUGCAGGAAACUGCUCUAAGAAGAAAAAACAUAAAAGAGAAUAGUAAAGGAAGUCGUGAAUAUGACCCAGCUCAAGAUCCUGUACUGAAUGAGUUCAAACGAGAGAACUUGAUCCACAGACAAGCCCAGGCCGCAGUCGUUGAAGGUAUCAAAAGACUGAAGGAACUUGGAGUACCCACUAGGAGGCCAGAUGACUUCUUCGCCGAGAUGGCAAAGACAGAUGAGCACAUGCAGAAGGUUCGGAAGAAUCUUAUGGCGAAGCAAGCUGCACAAGCGCGCACUGAGAAAGUUCGUCAGCUCAGGGAACAGAAGAAGAUUGCUAAGCGGGUUCAGAUUGAUACGAAACUGAAACAGGCUGCAGAAAAACGUCAAAUGCUUGAACAGUUGAAACGGGUGCGUAAAGGGAAAUCUGCAGAUUUGGACUUUUUAGAUGACAAUAAGGGUAAUAACAAGAAUAAAGGUCCACCAAAAGGAGCUCAGAAUAAAAUCAACAAGCGGAGAGCUAUGAAAGAUAAGAAAUUCGGUUUUGGAGGCAAAAAGAAGGGUUCUAAAUUAAACACGAGGGAUUCGUCAAAUCAAAUGGAUGGUUUCAACAGUUCCGCUAAGAAAACAUUCAAUAUUAAGAAUAAAUCUUUCAAACCGAAUAAUAAUAAAAAGAAGAAUCUUAGACCUGGAAAGUCAAAGCGACGAAAUGCUAAGAGAUAAAUACAUAAGAUAAGAAUAAGAUAUAAGAAU